UGUAGGGAAGUUGUCUCUGCGCCUGCGCGGGGCGGAUUCUCGCUGCGGCCGGCCUGAGGAGCGGCCGCGUCGUUCCUCAGUGCGCCUGCGCGAGAGGCCUACCUCACGCCCCGGCGGUCAGGAAAGGGGGAAAAAAACGGGGCCGCCGCUGAGAGAAAAACGACGGAGGAGGCGAAGGAGAAAGAAGAGGAAGAGCUGCUCCCUUCCUUCGUCGAGGGCGAUUCAGGAGACUUUUACUUCUAAGACAUUGUGCUCUUUCGUCCCCGGAAGCGCCUGAAAGCUGGCUGGCUUUUUUCCAGAGCCAUGGCCACGGAAGAGAAGAAACCUGAUGCGGAAUCGACCAAAACGCAAUCCACGCCUUCCUCUUCAACUAACCAGACCAAGACUGCCCCUGUAAAGCCAAACUACGCCCUGAAGUUCACAUUGGCAGGGCAUACAAAAGCCGUCUCGUCGGUCAAAUUCAGCCCCAACGGGGAGUGGUUGGCCAGUUCGUCUGCUGACAAGCUUAUCAAAAUCUGGGGCGCAUAUGAUGGCAAGUUUGAAAAAACCAUAUCUGGCCACAAACUGGGAAUUUCUGAUGUCGCUUGGUCCUCGGACUCCAACCUCCUUGUCUCUGCUUCAGAUGACAAAACACUCAAAAUCUGGGAUGUGAGCUCGGGAAAAUGCUUAAAGACGCUGAAAGGGCACAGCAACUACGUCUUCUGUUGCAACUUCAACCCACAGUCGAACCUCAUCGUCUCCGGAUCAUUUGACGAAAGCGUGAGGAUAUGGGACGUCAAGACGGGGAAGUGCCUAAAAACCCUGCCGGCUCAUUCUGACCCAGUUUCGGCUGUGCACUUCAAUCGUGAUGGCUCUUUGAUUGUGUCCAGCAGUUACGAUGGCCUUUGUCGAAUCUGGGAUACCGCCUCAGGCCAGUGUUUGAAAACAUUGAUUGACGAUGACAAUCCGCCGGUGUCCUUCGUGAAGUUCUCUCCAAACGGGAAAUACAUUCUAGCUGCAACUUUGGAUAACACUCUCAAACUUUGGGACUACAGCAAAGGAAAGUGCCUAAAGACCUACACAGGCCACAAGAACGAAAAGUAUUGCAUCUUUGCCAAUUUCUCGGUUACUGGUGGAAAGUGGAUCGUGUCUGGUUCCGAGGACAACCUGGUUUACAUUUGGAACCUGCAGACAAAAGAAAUCGUACAGAAGCUGCAAGGACACACAGACGUGGUGAUCUCGACCGCCUGCCACCCCACGGACAACAUCAUCGCCUCCGCGGCCCUAGAAAACGACAAAACGAUCAAGCUUUGGAAGAGUGACUGUUAAGAGCGACGCGCCGGGGCGCCAACACCACUUUAGAGACUGUUGGGGGGCGGGAGGGGUUCGCCUGGAAGAAUUAGGGGGGUUAUUUUGUGUUCGUUUUGUUUUUUUAUAAAAGAGAAAACCCACAUUACGAGAGAACUCCCAUUGGAGGCCUGACUUUGGGAAUAAAAAAAAACACUGCUUUCCUUUCCUUCCUUUCUCCCUAUGCUGGUAAAUUGGGCAUGUCUCCAUUCCGUUUUCGGAGGAUGCGCAUUUUUCCUAUAUAUUUUUCAAAACUGUCAUUCACACCUCAGAUUUUCAAUCAAAAGCGGUCAGCGAAGCCUCGUCAGGUUUGUUUUUUUCCAAUGAGACCAAAUGAGGUUUCUGACCCUUAUUUUUCUUUGCGUUUUCCCCCAUUUUUGUGCAUUCUGGUCUUUGCUUUUUCUUCUUCUAGUAUUCCUUCUACAACCUUCCUGGCUUUGUGGCUUUUUUCCAUAUAUUUUUCUCUCCCAUCGUUUGUUUUUCUUAAUUUCUAAAUCACACAAUACCUGUACAGUUUAUUCCAGUGUAUAAAACAAAACAGAACCUUUUUUUAAUUAUUAUUGUAUGGACUUGUGUUGCUUAAUGGCAUGACUGUAUCCUUUUUCACAGUCUUUUUUUCCCCACGUUGGCGGCAUUUCACACAUCCAAACUGGUGACCUUAUUAAUACAUUAUAAAUAAAAACAGGUGGGAUUUUUA